AUGGGUAUCACAGAGAGUAAAUUAUUAGUUGCCAGCUUCUCCAGAGCUUGCAGCGAAGCAGAGACAACCGACAGCCUGAGCCAGAAUAUUCUCACUGACCCACUGGUGCAGAGUCAGAUUAAAAACAUCCUCUCCGAUCCACGAGUUGCCUCUUAUGCCACGCCGAUUUGGAAAGCGUUACCAGCUGUUGCAAGAAACAAAAUCACUGGCCGUAAAAGUCCCACCCAGAGAGCGGUCAAAAAAAUUCCAGCUAUAAUCACUCCCUCCCAAGAUCUGAAACACUUUGCUGAAAAGUGCAAGGGGAAUCCUCAAUAUUUCUUUCAGUCAAUUAACAGAAACUUUGACCUCCAAUUCCCUCUUGCUCAAUGCUAUAAAUUUCUCGCUGAUAAAGGGUUGAGCAAACUGCAGCGGAGAACCUUCUUCAUUAUUUUCGCUCGCUUGAAGGCAAGACUAGGACAUACUCGCGUAUCAUCUGUUGCUCGAGGACUUCUUAUUUUCAUCCUUCAACGAACAGGUGUUGUUCAGGAUGCAUCGCAUAUUGACGAAAAUUUUGGUGACUGGGCAUCAAGAGGAGAGAGAUUAGAGGGGUUGACAGCAGCUUGUGGUGGGCUUGAUGCCCUAUUUGUCCUCCCUGGCAUCUCUGACUCUGACGAUUAG